AUGACAACAACAGAAGGAGAGAAUGAUAGCAAGUCAAAAGUUCACAGAUGGGUAACAAAAGAAGAACAGAGUAAGGUAAAGAGAAAUACACCACCACCAUCGAUGUGUGAUGGUGUUAGAAUUGCAUCUUUGAAAUGUACAGAAACUCAUCAUAAAAGUCAAUGUAAACCUUUUUUCGAAGCUGCUGCAAAAUGCAAGUCUGCCAAGACUAAACUAGAUGAUGAAGAACAAAAGAUAAAUCAAUAUUAUAAAGAAGCACCACCAUUAAAACAAAUAACACUACAACAAAGAUUAGAGGAAAUUAGAUUAGAGAAAUCGAAACCUUUUCCUGUUCCUGAUGUUGAUUUUUUUAGUAGUAGCUACUCUUUGAAAAUGGAUAUAAAAGUUAAAAGAUUGAUUAAAGAUAUAAAUAAUUUAAAACCAAAAGCUAAACUGUUAGUUUACUUUAUUUUCACUUCACCUCCCUCUAGUUGUAUGAUCAACACUUUACAGGCUACGAAAUCAACUAUGCAAAGGAGCUCUUGA